AUGGAUACUCCUCCGUCCGUGUGCUGGGAAACGUCUCGCUGCAGAGGAAGCAAUGUGGCUCCACUGGAGCAGAUCCCCGUUUGCAAGCGGACCGUGUGCCGCUUUCCCAGCAUUAGCCCGCCGCCGGCGCUCCGCGGGCUGGACGGGCUGCUGCGCUGGGCGGUGGCCAGGAUGAGCGACAAGGGCGUCGCCGAGCGGGAGCUGCUCACCCCGGGCACCGCCGCCGCGCAGAGGAAGGGCACCUCCGUCAUCCUCGAUAUCUUCAGAAGAGCUGACAAAAAUGAUGAUGGGAAGCUGUCCCUGGAGGAGUUCCAGGCCUUUUUUUCUGACGGAACGCUCAACGAAGAAGAACUUGAGAAGCUCUUUCAUACCAUUGACUCAGACAACACCAAUAAUGUGGACACCAAGGAGCUGUGCGACUAUUUUGCUGACCAUAUGGGAGACUAUGAAGACGUCUUGGCCUCACUGGAGAUGCUGAACCUCUCCAUCCUGAAGGCAAUGGACUACACCAAACGGGUGUACGAGAGCGGCAGCAAUGUGGACCAGUUCGUGACCCGCUUCCUGCUGAAGGAGACAGCGAACCAGACCCAGUCGCUCCUGAGCUCCGUGGAGAGUGCUGUGGAUGCCAUCGACGAGCAAACCAACCCUGCCAGGCACUACCCCAGCAAGGCUGGCCACAGUCUGAUGGACACCUGGUACGACAGCCCCAUGCCCAGCUACUCUCCCACCAGCCAGAUGGUCCCCAGGGAGCACAGGAAGAGCUUCCAGACUGGUUCCCCUGACACCAAGGCAGAGGGGCUGGAGGGGCAGAUCAACAGGCUGGCCGAGCUGAUCGGCAGGCUGGAGGACAAGACUCUCUGGUUUGACCUGCACCAGCGGCUGUCGGACAGCGAGAGCACAGCUUGCACGGCCAAGGGGGGAGGGAUGCCCCAUGGUUCGGGGCUCACCCAUCUCCCUGUUCCCACCAGCAUCACUGCGGUGAAGCUGCCCGACGGGGUCACCUUCAUUGUCUACGAGUUCUGGGAGACUGAGGACGACUGGAAGAGGCACCUGCAGAGUGCCACCUGCAAGGGCUUCCAGCACGUCAAGGUGGACACGCUGAGCCAGCCCGAGGCCAUCUCCAGUGUGGCCGUGCCAGCUGCCUGGUGCACCCUGAGCCGAGAGUGA